AUGGCUCCGCUUUACGUUGUUCAACCCUCUGCAAAUCGAGGCGAGGGCAUCUUCGCCCAAGAAGAUUUGAAACCGGGAACAAUUAUCAUGACAGAUCGGGUGACUUGCGAGAUCAAAAAGGACGUCCCUGACAUAGAUGAGAUGGAUGUCGCCAAGGCUUUCCAGAAGCUGAAUCCGGCCGACCAGGAGCUCUUCAUGGGGUUGCACGAGAGUCACCGUCCACUCAAGACCAAGCUUUUCCGAAUAUACAAGGCGAAUGCUUUUCAAGGCGAACAUUCCUCCCACAUCUUCCUGAAGAUUUCCAAGUUCAACCACUCGUGCGUCCCCAACUGCGAAGUGGAGAACUCGGGUACACUCGCGCGGAAAGUCAUCGCCACCACGCUCAUUAAGAAAGGAGAAGAGAUUUUUAUCUCGUACCAUGGCGCUUUCGAAGGUUACACCAAGGCGCAGCGGCGAGUCGUUACAAAGACGUACUUCGGCUUCGAAUGCGAUUGCUCGGCCUGCACAUUGGGGCCGGAGGAGCAGUACCUGAGCGACUGGAGACGAAAGCUAAUAUUCGUACUGCAGUGGAGAUUGAAAGGACUCAACCCUCCAGAUCUGCGACCGCUCGAGGCCCUGGCAACAAUGACUGCCGAAGAGGCAGAAGCAAAGAAAGUUCGCCAAGGGUGGCGAGCCUGGCCCAUGGAGCGCGCGCUCACAGAGCAGGAAAAGACGGCAUACUGGUCCUUGCAGGCAUCGCUUCUCGAAGCUGAAGGCUUGAUCGGAUUGAUGGCACCUGGGAGUUGCUAUGCCCAAGCAUUCUUCCUGCUCGUGGGACAAGCCAGCAAAAGCAAAGUGAUGUUACGGCCCACACUUGAUCUUGCGCAGUGCUGGAAGCUUCGAGCGCUUGAUCUGCUGGCAAGCGUGAACUGCGGCGCCAGAUCCGGGGAAUUUGCCGAAUGGGAAAAGACUCUGCAAGACCUGUGGCGGAAGACUGGCAUGCAACGCAGCGUGCAAAUGGUGAGAAUGGUUUUUGCCUGGAGAUAUGUGGACAUGACUGACUAUGGCCCAGUUCAAAACGCCUUUGGCAAAAGGCACUUUUGCUGUUCAAAUCCGGGAGCACCAAGGAAUACCAGUCUGCGAGGUUUUUGGCGAGGAGGAAUACAAGGACAAAGUCCGCAAAGGAGCGCUGCCGGCCUGCAUGGUAUCUUGA